GAUCGGACAGUGAGCAGAUAUAUUUUUUCGCUCUGUUUUCCAGGUAGAUUGUUAAAUUGCUAUAGAGGGAGUCACAAGAGAUGGGUUCAAUUAAGAAGGCUUCAGAAAUUGCAGCACUAUUAAAUCUUCUUCCUCACCCUGAUGGAGGGUUCUACUUGGAGACUCACAGAGAUUCAUCGAUUACACUCCCCAGAUCCCUACUUCCGUCCCGCUACAAGGUAGAUCGUCCAAUCAGCACUGCCAUUUACUUCUUGCUGCCAGCUGGGAGUGUCGCAUGGCUCCAUCGUAUACCAUGUGCAGAAACCUUUCAUUUUUACCUGGGAGAACCUCUCACCAUAUUGGAGCUUAGAGAAGAUGGGGUGACUAAGAUGACUGUACUGGGUCUUGACCUGGAAGUUGGUGAGCGACCACAGUACACAGUUCAUCCCAAUGUUUGGUUUGGUACAUAUCCAACGAAGGACAUCUCUGUAUCUCCAGAUGGUAACUCAUUUGUCAAAGCCCCAAGAAGGGAUGCUGAGAACCACUACUCUCUUGUUGGAGUCACUUGUGCACCGGCAUUUCAAUUUGAGGACUCUGAAUCAGCAAAUUGUUUGGAACUUGUUACACGUUUUCCCGAAAUGGAGUUCUUGAUCUCUUACCUCACAUCCUCUAACUGAAGAUUGUCCGGAUUGUAGUAGUUGUGGGAACCUAGUAUUUUGUCAUCUUCACCUCA